AGCAGUUGAAAUGUAAGGAUGUCUCUUGUUUGCCAAAUCAGAACACAAGAUAAUCAACUUUUUUUCUUCAUUCAUUUAGUAAGUAUGAUAGGACAAAAAUGGAGACUAUAAAAUAUCUUCUAUUCUCACACUUUAUUCUAGUUACAGACUCAAUAUCAAAGUUGAGAAUUUCUGAAUCUCUUACCUGAUAGACAAUGUGUUGUAAUCCCCUUGUAUCAAAAAAGGAAAGGGAACAUCAAAGAUAUUUUAACCAGGGCAUGCUUACAGGGGUAGACUGUGGUACUUGAGCAUAUUUUGCUGAUGAUUCUGAAAACAUAUCAUAGAGUUCUAUGGUAAGAGAUUAUAGUAGAGAUGCAAAAAGAUAAACAUUAAAUGAGUAAAAAGUAACUAAAAUUGAACAAAGAUAAGAAUUAUGUAAUUUAAGAAGCUUUGUGUAAUUUUACCAGAAAAAGAAGCAAAAAUUUAUACAGCAGUUAAUUAUAAAGUACAUCAAAUAUUUAAAGUCAGGUAAAUAUAUAAAUGGAUAAAUUAAGAUACAUUAAGAGAGAGGGAUAGAGAGAGAUGGAGAUGGAGUUAGGCUGAUUUAAGUGAGAUAUGUCCUGUCACUACCACCUUUGGUUCUUGUUUUCCUUCCUAGAAGAAUUCACAGUGACCGGCUCAGAGGGGCCAGUCUUGGCUCCCCUGGGUGGAACCCUUGAACUCAGUUGUCAGUUGUCUCCACCACAACCUGCACAGCACAUGGAGAUCCGCUGGUUCCAGAAUCAUUAUACACAGCCAGUAUACCUGUACAGGGAUGGUAAAGACCUGUAUGGAGAAAUUAUCUCUAAGUAUUUGGGAAGGACAGAACUCCUGAAAGAUGCCAUUGGAGAAGGAAAAGUGACCCUCAGGAUCCUUAGUGUGACUGUUGAUGAUGGUGGUCCUUAUCACUGCAUCUUCAAAAAUGAUGAACAGUUUAUAGAACACAUCACAGAGGUCAAGGUCACAGCUGAAAGUUCCCGGGUUGAGAUUCUUGUUCACCCUCCUAAUACCAAAGGUUUAAUAGUGGAGUGCCACUCUGGAGGAUGGUUUCCACAGCCUCUCAUGGAAUGGAGAGACAGCAGAGGAGAGGUCAUUCAAGCUGCAUCAAAAUCUCAUUCACAAGAUGGAGACAAAUUGUUCAACAUGAACAUGUCCCUUCUCAUUAAAGACCGCUCCUUCCAGAAAGUCAUUUGCUGCCUUCAGAACCCUCUGACAGGCCAAGGGGGAAGGACGAGUGUUGUCCUAUCAGGUGCAUAUUUUUCAUGGAAUAAGAUUUGGAAAAUGAUUCUGACUAUAAUAUUACUUGUGAUGGUGAUCUCCAUCAUGGUUUCCAGUAUUCAGCUACAUCCCAGAAGUAGCUUGUGCUCCUGGGAUGCUCCUUGGGUGAUUGGAAUAUUGAUAAUAACAUUUUCAGUGUCGGUUGUUACAGCAGUUGUGGUAUGGUUGCAUAAGAAACAAAGAGUUCCUGUUUCAGAUGCACAUUUUGAAUUGGAUACUUUGUGGUUGGAAGAUAUAAGCGUCAUCCUAUGUGCACUGAUGGUUUCUGCCACCAUGCUCAUUUCUUAUGUAUACUUCAGAUUGAGAGCAUCUGUCCUUGAAUCUGGAAUUCUCUCAUCCAGUCAGAUUGGCGCCCGGAACCCAUAAGGAUCUUCCUCUCUCCAACUCUCCAGCACCAGAAUUACAGGCUUUUGCUACUGGGUCUUGAUCUGUAUGCAUACAGGGAUUUUAUUCAGCCAUAAAUAGAAAUGAAACUAAAUUUGUAAGAAAAUGAUAGACCCAUAUUAAGUGAAAAAACCCAAGUUUAAAAGGACAAAUUCUAUGUUUUCUCCUCUGCAGAUCCUGACUUCUAAUUGUUAAAUACGCACAUUUACAUGGGAACAUAUAUGGACAGAGGACAGGAACUAAAAAGGUGAACAUGAGAUGAGAGGAGAAAGACUAUUUAUGUGAGGCAUUGGGUAAUAGAGCAUAUUCAAUAUGAAAAUGGAAGGAGAAAUAAUAAGUGUAUAAGUGGGGAUGAUGUGAGGAAUGUGGGAUAAAAAAACUGGUGUGGGAGAGUCAACCAAAACCAAGCAUGAGUGAAAAUGUUACAAGUAACCUUUUAUUUGGUAAGCUUAUUAAAAUAUAAAAAGUUAAAAUUAUGCAAGCUUCAAAAAG